UAACACUUUUACGAAAACAACACAAUUCGUAAAUGAUUGUUGUUUUUUCUUUUGUUUCACCUCCAGACAUGCACUUCCUAGCUGACGUGUUAUCGGCGGUCUGUGUUCGUUGCAUUUCGGGGUGAAUAACAUCGAUAAGAAAUUAAAUGCAGCUGAGCUGACCGUUGAUAACAGAGUUGCAGCAGUUCGAUCCGUCCGCUUUACCAUUGUAUCAGUAGCGUGAGUGCACUGGCUUUGAGUGCUGGUGAUUAUUUACAUUUGGUUAAUAAUUAGUGGAUUUGUGUGUGAAAAUGGCCUAUACCAGUCAAGUGCUAGUACUUUUGAUAAACAUAGUUCUUUUGGUUGUGAUCAUACUAAGCCUACCGGUGUUAAUACCAAUUCUAGCAUUGUUUCAAGUGCAUCGACAAAUCGUAUCACAAUUGUUAGCCGUUAAGUAUGGCUCAUCAUUUCGCGGCCUGAUGGAAGGGUCGGAUGUCGUUUGGGCUGGGCAACAGCGAUCCUCCAAGUCGAUGGUAAAUGUGUUGCUUUUGUUUGCCAAGCCGGCACGUGCGUCAAACGGCUGCAGUUGGGAUUUACUCGAAAUAUUUCGCAACCGUUUGAAACGUCACCAAACGGCUGAAGCCUAUCAGAAGCUGUUUUGGGAAAGACGCUUUCAAUGGGGAUACUAUUUUUGGAAAGAACAAGAGCUUCCGCUGUGGGCCGAUCGUUACGUUAAAGAACUCGACACCGUUCCCGACCGGGGAUGCCUUUCGCGGAUGGAACUCUGUACACUAAUUGGCUCAAUCAGCAGCCGGGAUUGUAAUGGUACGAGUUGGGAGCUGCUCGUUGGAAGUCAACCAUUACGUCUUCACGACAGCAACACCGAGCAGCUGUACCCGGUCCUUUUCAGGUACCAUCAUUCAAUAGCGGAUGGGAUUGCGAUAUUUCGAUUGUUCUGUCAGGAUUUCCUCGACUACACGGUUACGUCGGAGCAGCACGUGUGGAAUCCAGAUGCAGCCAAUCAAGGCACCGCGCAGAGCCUCUUCACCUGGCGCAAUCUCUUCCUGAUGGCUGUUCAAAGUCCGAGAUUUUUGAUAAACGAGAUAUUGUUCAAACGCGAGCGCAACUCUUUGCACGGCGCGGAACCGAGUGAUGCUAAAUGCGUUUGCUGGGUUGAUGGAGAUAGUGAGCAAGCAAAUGGCUCACCGUCCGUAAUAAACGUAAUCAAGAACGUAAAGCAUUUGCUGAACGGUUGCAGCUUUACGGACGUCUUUCUGACAGCGUUUGCCAUGAGUCUUCGGACGUACUGCGCACGGAAGGGUGUGCCCAUUCCGCCAUCCGUCACAAUCGGGCUGAUGAGAAGGUUUCAGCGUGAAUCAAAAGUGAUACAGCUGCGUAAUCGUUCGACGGCUGUGUUUAAAACGUUGCCUGUAGCUGAUCUGCCGAUAGAUGCUUCCUCCUUUGCAACAACUGCCGAGAUGCUGUCGCAGUUAAAUGCUGUAAAAGGUCCCGACGACACAUCGCAGGCCAUCGCGGACGCUUUAUUAACACACCUGUGCGUGUCAUACCUUCCGGAGCUUCUUCCAGCGUCGAUUGUGCGUAUCUUAUUUGCCAGAAGCAAGUUUACAAUCGCAAUGUCUAACCUUCCUGCCUUCGAGGGUACUGUUUCGGUGGAAAAUUUCACCCUAAAGAAGGCAGCGUUUUGGGUACCAAAUAUCGAGAAGAAUUUGUUUGGAUUAACACUCAUGACAACCGAUGGUCGAUUGCAGAUAGGUGCAAUUGCUGAUCGAAGAAUAAUUUCCUGCGAGCAAGAAUUGGAUUGUUUGUUGAGCGAUACUGUACAGGAGUUGCGUCGUUUAGGUGAUACAUUGCAAAGAGGUUAAAUUGAAAAUAAAUUGAGAAUAAAAUCUCACUGUUUAAUAUAAUGGAAACUAAUGAAUAUAAGAAGAGAAUAUAAUAUGAGCCUUAUGUACGAAAGAAACAACACUCAGUAGAAGGACUAACUGCGCAAUUUUAAUAAUCUUGUAAUCGAUACUUUGUCCAUGCUCUCUACCUAACAUUGCUUCAGACGUUGGAACGUGACAGUUUGCAAUAUGGGUUAAUUUGUUCGCCCAGCAAUAGAUACCCAUUUUCAUGACAGUUCUUUGAAUUCGUCAUGAAUGCUGGAAAUAACAACUCACAUAACCCCGCGGUAACUUUAGCGGUACUACAACGAUUGAAACGAUUCCAUUUUGUCUCACAACGAAGAAAGAAAAAAAAAAUCAUUCUCAAUUGCUCCGUAUUCGUUUUAUUUGGAGUUGAUUUUCCACGUACAGCU